AUGGCGUCUGCUCCAGAAACCUGCUGCAUCUGCCUGACCAAGUAUACGGAAGAAGUCACCCUGAGAUGUGGACACAGCGUCUGCCAGGGGUGCAUUGAUCAAGUCCAGGACACACAGGCAGAGUCUAAAGUAAACUUCUGUCCUAAGUGCAAAGAACCUGAGGAACAUCCCUCCCUAAAAACCUGGACUUGGAGGAAUGAAGUUGAGGAACUCCCGUCUUCUCAGGUACAGGAGGUGCAGCUGGUCAUUCCUUGUUCUUAUUGUAUUCACUCUUCCACACCUGCUGUUAAAACCUGUCUGCAUUGUGAGGCUUCCCUAUGUGACGACCACCUAAGAGUCCACAUCAAGAGCCCAGAACAUGUCUUAUCUAAGCCCACCACUGUUCUGGAGGAGCAGAAGUGCUCUGUACAUAGGAAGAUCCUGGAGUAUUACUGCAAUGAGGAUGAGACUUGUAUUUGUGUGUACUGCCUGGCUGAGACGCACAGGACACACCAGCUGGAGCCACUAAACGAGGCCACCGAAAAGAGGAAGGAGAGACUAAAAGAUGUUCUACAAACACUAGACACAAAGAGAGAAAAGACAGAUAAAGAGAUCCAGAAUUUACUGAAAGGUCAGAAUGAGAUUCCUGACAAAGUAACCAGUCUCACAGAAACCGUGACGGCUCUCUUUACAGAAAUCAGAAGACAACUGGAAGAUUUAGAGAAGAAAGUCCUGAGUGAAGUCUCCAGGCAGAAGGUCCAGGUGACAGCCUCCAUUUCCAAUCUGAUCCAGCAGCUGGAAAUACAGAAAGAUGAGUUGUCCAGCGAGAUCCGUCACAUUGAAAAGCUUCUCACCUCUACUGAUCCCUCAUCUGUCUUAAAAUGUCAGGUGGUGACCUUCUUAGAUGGUGUCAAGAAAAAUGAUGCAGAGGAGACUGACAAAAAUAUCCACAGCUCUGGGAACCUCAAUCAUUUCCUAAUAGCUCUGACCAUAUAUGAUGGUUUAGGCAACAUUGUGACAAAGGCAAAGGAGGACUUUUACGUAAUUGAGUCUUCAGAGAUAUUACUGGAUAAAAACACUGCCGCCAAUAACGUGGCCAUUACAGAGGACCUCAAAUCCGCCACGUGGUCAGUGAUGAGUCAACGCCGAAAAGAAACGCCCAAGAGGUUCCAACAAUAUCAAGUUUUCAGCAUCCAGGGAAUUCUUUCAGGACAACAUUACUGGGAAGUGGAGGCCAGCGAGGCAGAAUACUGGAUGGUGGGCAUGGCUUACCCCAGUACGGAGACCGAAGGGGAACAGUCGUGGAUAGGGAACAAUAAGAGGUCCUGGUGCUUCUGCAGGUGGCAUGAGGAAUACUCCAUACGACAUAACAGUAAAGACAUUCAGCUCUUCUCCGGUAUGUCCUCUAAUCGUUAUGGGAUACACGUGGACUAUGACUCAGGCCAGCUGUCCUUUUACCACCUGUGUGAGCCCAUCAGACAUGUAUACACUUUCAGUGGAACCUUCACCGAGCCCCUCCAUGCUGCAUUCUGGGUAAAUGAUAAUGGGUGGAUAAAAAUCAGGAAAUCAUGA